AUGUUUGGACGAUUGUCCUGUCAUGCGCAUCAUAUACUCACGAAUGCCGGGCGAGUAGUGAUACCAUGGACUAUAGCGGCACUUCACGCGUUUGUGGCAAUGUACCUUCGCCGACCGAAUCGUCUAACGCGUUUUGAAGGAGUGCUGACAGCUAUGGCUUUUUCAUUCCUUACACUGCUCCUCGAACUGAUCCGCAAGGAUGAGAUUGAUAGCGAUCAGUAUAUCAUGCUGAUCCAUACCUAUCGGUGUUACGUGAAGCCAGACCUGUAUUCGGUGACGCAGUUGGCAAAAUUUGCCUUUGAAUUUGCAGUACCGCUUCUGAUGUCCAGCUACCUGCAACUGCUAAUAACGUCGAGGGCCAAGCUCAAGUCGAGCAAGUCUGUCUCGAGGAAUCUGGUGAGUGCAUGA